GUCCGGGCGAGGCGGGGCGGGCGCCCGGUUUCCCGCGGUCCCAGCCGGCGGGGCCGGAGGAGAGUCGCUCUUAAAGGCCCAGCCCACGCGCGUCCUUUUGUUCCAGAGCCGCAGGGCGGGGCAGGCCGAGGUUUCGCAGUCUUGUCUCCUCUCCAGAACGACCAUGAUUUCCCAGUUCUUCAUUCUGUCCUCGAAGGGGGACCCGCUCAUCUACAAAGACUGUAUCCUUGACAUGCGGGGCGGGGGUGGAGGGACUUGGUGGGAGUGGUGCCCCAGAGACAGGGUGUAUCGCCAGCUUCUUAACUGUCCUUCCACCCGGUCAGUCCGCGGGGACAGUGGUGGCCGGGAUGUGGCCGAGCUCUUCUACCGGAAGCUGACGGGACUGCCCGGAGACGAGUCCCCGGUUGUCAUGCACCACGAUGGCCGUCAUUUUAUUCAUAUCAGACACAGCGGCCUCUAUUUGGUGGCCACGACUUCAGAAAACAUUUCUCCCUUCAGCCUCCUAGAGCUGCUCUCCCGGUUAGCCACCCUCCUGGGUGAUUACUGUGGCUCCCUGAGCGAGGGGACCAUCUCCCGCAAUGUAGCUCUUGUCUAUGAACUACUGGAUGAAGUGUUGGACUAUGGCUACGUACAGACCACAUCCAUGGAGAUGCUGAGGAACUUCAUCCAGACGGAAGCUGUGGUCAGCAAGCCCUUCAGCCUCUUUGACCUCAGCAGUGUUGGCUUGUUCGGGGCUGAGACACAACAGAGCAAAGUGGCCCCCAGCAGCGCAGCCAGCCGCCCCAUCCUCUCCAGUCACUCUGACCAGAAUCAAAAGAAUGAAGUUUUUUUGGAUGUGGUCGAGAGAUUGUCUGUACUGAUAGCAUCUAAUGGCUCACUAUUGAAGGUGGAUGUGCAGGGAGAGAUCCGACUCAAGAGCUUUCUGCCCAGCGGCUCUGAGAUGCGCAUUGGUUUGACAGAGGAAUUUUGUGUGGGGAAGUCAGAACUGAGAGGUUAUGGGCCAGGAAUUCGGGUUGAUGAGGUCUCAUUUCACAGCUCUGUGCAUCUGGACGAGUUUGAGUCUCAUCGAAUCCUCCGCUUGCAGCCACCUCAAGGAGAGCUGACUGUAAUGCGGUACCAACUCUCAGAUGACCUCCCCUCCCCUCUCCCUUUCCGGCUCUUUCCCUCUGUGCAGUGGGACCGAGGUUCAGGCAGGCUCCAGGUUUAUCUGAAGUUACGAUGUGAUCUACCUCCAAAGAGCCAAGCUCUCAACAUCAGGCUGUACCUUCCCCUGCCACGAGGGGUGGUCAGCCUCUCUCAGGAGCUGAGCAGCCCAGAUCAGAAGGCAGAGCUGGGGGAAGGAGCCCUUCACUGGGACCUACCUCGGGUACAAGGAGGCUCUCAGCUGUCAGGCCUUUUCCAGAUGGAUGUCCCCAGCCUCUCUGGGCCUGCUGGCCAUGGGCCCUCCACCUCAGCCCCUCCACUAGGGCUGGGCCCUGCAAGCCUCUCCUUUGAACUUCCCCGGCACACAUGCUCCGGCCUCCAGGUUCGCUUCCUCAGGCUUGCAUUCAGACCCUGCGGCAACGCCAACCCCCACAAGUGGGUGCGACACCUAAGCCACAGCGAUGCCUAUGUCAUUCGGAUCUGAGUGUCCCCAAAUGAGGACACUGUCAACAGGAAAAUGAUGAUGUCUGCUUUUCCAGCCUUCUGGCCCGCGUGUCUGGGAUGGAAGUCCUGGGACCAGGAAGCCGGGAGGGCUUGACAGGCUUAACCCUUACAUGAUAUCUGACACAGGAAGACUGAGGUGGAUCAGAACUUACAAAUCAAACUUUUAUUCUGAGGAACUAACUGUACAAUAUCUAAAAAGAAAAUUACGUGGGAGAAGUAGACUUACUACUUCCUUCCCCCCAACGUGUA